AUAUAGAACCAGUCUCUGGUUCUCGCCUGUCCACCCCGUUCUUAGAGUUCUAGCUACGCCGCUGCUCGGUUCUAACUCUGUGUGCGCGGCUCCACAUCUGGAAAUCUUGAGAGGAGGAGAGAAUCCCUCUCUCCCUCUCUCCGUCCCCCGAGACGUGCUGCUGACGUCAGGGGCGGAGGGAGGGCGGGAGGGGGGCGGAGCCGCGCGAGCGGAGGUAUUUCCCUGGUUUAUAAAGCCGCGGAGACCUCAGCGCUGUGAAGCAGUGCGUCACGACCACCCCAAACCUCAGGCCGCCUCUCAGAGCCUCACAGUGUGAAGAGUCCGAGCUGAGACCGAAGACGCGGAGUAUGCGCGCUCUCUGCGCCGGGCACGCGCUUUCUCUCUGAAAGAGACGCUUCUUUAUUGUUGUUGUUUUGUUGCACUGGGUUUUUCGGGAGUUCAGCAGCUGUACCGAGGCUGACGGCGCGCAGUGGACGGGUCAGCUUCACCUCAGAGGAGAGCUCGAGCUUCUCUCAGCCAGCAUGAAAGCAGCAGAAGAAGAUGCAUACAGCUACACACCAAAUGUCACCCUGUCCCUCCCACUGAGCACCUGCCUACCCACCCAGUACCACAACCUGCAGACCAGCCCCUCCAUCUCUGUCUCCAUCAGCCAGCCCCCCUCCUUCUCUCCCCAAGAAGACAUGGGCUCGGUGGGAUACUACCAGUCCUCUGGCUCUGGCCCCAAUGGAGCCCCAGCUCUAGAGAGCCCCCGCAUUGAGAUCACGGCCUACAGCCAGUUCCCUGAGGACGAGGUGGAGGAGAGCAGUGUGCCGGUGGCCAAGAGGGUCAACUCCAUCGUGACCUUAACGUUGCCCAGUGCUGAUGGUUAUCGUGACCCCAGCUGCCUGAGCCCAGCUAGCAGCGUUUCAUCCCGGAGCUGCCAGUCAGAUGCCUCUUCGUACGAGUCAGGCUACUCGUGCAAUUACGACAACUCGCCGCAAAACUCUCCCUGGCAGUCUCCGUGUGUUUCGCCCAAAGGUUCUAACUCACUCUUGUCCAGCACCGUCGGCACCUCGCCCCGCCACUCGCCCUCCGGGUCCCCCCGCACCAGCGUGACUGAUGACAGCUGGAUUGGCUCUCGUGGCUCGCGCCCAAACUCCCCUUGCGGGGGCAAGCGGAAGUACAGCUACAACAGCGGCGCCGCACACAAGUACCAUCCGUACUCUCCAAACCAGUCACCAGGUCCGUCACCGCAAACCUCACCUCGGCUCAGCGUGACCGAAGACACUUGGCUGCCCACCAACCAGUACACCAAUUCUGCCAUCGUGGCAGCCAUUAAUGCCCUCAGCACAGACGGAAUGGCAGAACUCGGGGAGGGGAUCCCGCUGAAGACCAGAAAAACAAGCCUGGAACACAGUGCUUCGAUGAACCUCAAGAUCGAGCCUGGAGGGGAGGAGAUUGGCUCUGCGGAGCUCUGCCACGAGGAUUACUCCGCUUCACGGCUGCCGUUCAAGAAGGAGAGCUAUGCUGGCUUUUUGGAUGUACCUCAGCAUCCAUAUUGGUCCAAACCAAAGCCAUAUAUCAGCCCGUCCUUGCCAGCUCUCGACUGGCAGCUUCCCUCCAGUUCUGGGCCGUACAGCCUGCAGAUAGAGGUUCAGCCUAAAUCUCACCACCGUGCCCACUAUGAGACAGAGGGGAGCCGAGGGGCCGUGAAGGCGCUGGCAGGAGGGCAUCCUGUGGUGCAGCUGCAUGGCUACAUGGAGAGCGAGCCUCUCACCCUGCAGCUGUUCAUUGGCACGGCGGACGACCGUCUCCUCCGUCCACAUGCUUUCUACCAGGUCCACCGCAUCACCGGCAAGACUGUGUCCACACCCAGCCACGAGAUCAUGCAGGCCAACACCAAAGUGCUGGAGAUUCCACUCCUGCCCGAGAGCAACAUGAGGGCCAUAAUUGACUGCGCUGGAAUCCUCAAACUGCGGAACUCGGACAUCGAGCUGAGGAAAGGUGAGACGGACAUCGGGCGGAAGAACACGCGCGUCAGGAUGGUGUUCCGCGUCCACAUUAACCAGCCCAAUGGCAGGACGGUGUCUCUGCAGGUGGCAUCCAACCCCAUUGAGUGCUCCCAGCGCUCUGCACAGGAGCUGCCUCUGGUGGAUAGACAGAGUGUGGAGAGCUGUCCAGCCUCAGGAGGAGAGAGGAUGGUCCUCAGUGGACAUAACUUCCAGCCCGAUUCCAAGGUGGUGUUUGUGGAGAAAGCACAAGAUGGUCAUCAUGUAUGGGAGAUGGAAGCCAAAGUUGACAAGGACGCCUUUAAACCAACGACCUUACUUGUGGAGAUUCCACCUUACCGAAACCAAAGAAUAUCCAGCCCAGUUCAGGUGAACUUCUAUAUAUGCAAUGGCAAAAGGAAGAGGAGCCAAUACCAGCGAUUCACCUACCUACCCCCUAAUGUUCCCACCAUAAAGACGGAGCCCCAUGAUGACUAUGACCUCCCUCACGUGUGCGCUCAGCAGCAUCCCUCCAGCCUCACCUUGCCCUCCAAGCAGUACUACGCUCAGCAAGCCCUGCCUUCGGACCACAGGGUCUGUGUUACGGCCGCCUACGCGGGCGGCCCUCAGAGACUUGCGGCCAAGCCUUCAUCCCUGUCCGGCUCUUCUUCCUCCCCCAGCACCAGCCCCAAGCUGCAGGAUCUCUCCCCAACACACUUCGUCCCCCAGUGCCUCUCCGCAGGCGCCAACCCUGGGCCACCCGCCAUCCCUCACGUCUCCGCCAUCCAGCCCACGCCGGGCCGCUAUCAGCAGGCCAUCCUCUACCCAUCAGGCAGCGCAUCCUCUUCUCCAGGCUCUCAUCCUUCCACCCCAAGCUCUGCACCUGAGCUUGUCUUCACCUCUAGCCAAGGUUUGGCCCACUCGCCAGUGUCCGGCGAGACCCCGGCGCUGCCAAAAGCACCAGCGAGGAGUGAAUCUUCUCCACUUUUGCAGGACGAGGGAGCUCCUCCAAUGCUGGCCGUCAGCAUCAAGCAGGAGCCGCAGGAACUGGAUCAGAUGUACCUAGAUGAUGUCAAUGAAAUCAUAAGGAACGACCUCUCCAGCAUCUCCGUCCACAGCCACGCAUAGCAGCGGACGAGCGAGGGAAAUGGACGCCACCGAAGAAAUGGACUUUUGAAGCUUUUAUAGCCGAACAAAACAUCUACAUAGCCUGACUGCAGCAUAACUAUCUGUACAGCGGAGUGAGUUACAGAGCUGUCGCAAAGCAAUCACAACUGACCGACUGAAUGACAAUCAACACCAAAUAGCAAAAUACUGCCAAUGUGUAUGAAUUCAUGGACCAAGCCCGUGCAUUGUUUUCCCAUUGUUUUUCCUCCUGUGCUCAUGUAGCUCUUUAAAUUAUUACC